AUAUGGAGGAUGUGUAUGCUUCCCCUCCUGCCGUGAUUGUCAGCUUCCUGAGGUCUCCUCAGCCAUGCUGAACUGCGCUGUUCUUGGUGGCUGGUGCCCCAGGGCCUGGAGAGGUCUGAAGAAACCUGGGAGCCAGCAGCCCGGGGCUCCGCUCUGGGUUCUGAAAGCCCAUUCCCUGCUCUGCGGCUCCUCCCACCCCACCUCUUCUCAGCCUUGCAGCUCAAGGGUUGAUCUCAGGAGUCCAGGACCCAGGAGAGGGAAGAAUCUGAGGAACACAGAACAACACCCCCUUAACUCCGGGACAGAGAUGGCUGGCGGAGCCUGGGGCCGCCUGGCCUGUUACUUGGAGUUCCUGAAGAAGGAGGAGCUGAAGGAGUUCCAGCUUCUGCUCGCCAAUAAAGCGCACUCCAGGAGCUCUUCGGGUGAGACACCCGCUCAGCCAGAGAAGACGAGUGGCAUGGAGGUGGCCUCGUACCUGGUGGCUCAGUAUGGGGAGCAGCGGGCCUGGGACCUAGCCCUCCAUACCUGGGAGCAGAUGGGGCUGAGGUCACUGUGCGCCCAAGCCCAGGAAGGGGCAGGCCACUCUCCCUCAUUCCCCUACAGCCCAAGUGAACCCCACCUGGGGUCUCCCAGCCAACCCACCUCCACCGCAGUGCUGAUGCCCUGGAUCCAUGAAUUGCCAGCGGGGUGCACCCAGGGCUCAGAGAGAAGGGUUUUGAGACAGCUGCCUGACACAUCUGGACGCCGCUGGAGAGAAAUCUCUGCCUCACUCCUCUACCAAGCUCCUCCAAGCUCCCCAGACCAUGAGUCUCCAAGCCAGGAGUCACCCAACGCCCCCACAUCCACAGCAGUGCUGGGGAGCUGGGGAUCCCCACCUCAGCCCAGCCUAGCACCCAGAGAGCAGGAGGCUCCUGGGACCCAAUGGCCUCUGGAUGAAACGUCAGGAAUUUAUUACACAGAAAUCAGAGAAAGAGAGAGAGAGAAAUCAGAGAAAGGCAGGCCCCCAUGGGCAGCGGUGGUAGGAACGCCCCCACAGGCGCACGCCAGCCUACAGCCCCACCACCACCCAUGGGAGCCUUCUGUGAGAGAGAGCCUCUGUUCCACAUGGCCCUGGAAAAAUGAGGAUUUGAACCAAAAAUUCACACAGCUGCUACUUCUACAAAGACCUCACCCCAGAAGCCAAGAUCCCCUGGUCAAGAGAAGCUGGCCUGAUUAUGUGGAGGAGAAUCGAGGACAUUUAAUUGAGAUCAGAGACUUAUUUGGCCCAGUCCUGGAUACCCAAGAACCUCGCGUAGUCAUACUGCAGGGGGCUGCUGGAACUGGGAAGUCAACACUGGCCAUGCAGGUGAAGGAAGCCUGGGGGAGAGGACAGCUGUAUGGGGACCGCUUCCAGCAUGUCUUCUACUUCAGCUGCAGAGAGCUGGCCCAGUCCAAGGUGGUGAGUCUCGCUGAGCUCAUCGGAAAAGAUGGGACAGCCACUCCGGCUCCCAUUAGACAGAUCCUGUCUAGGCCAGAGCGGCUGCUCUUCAUCCUCGAUGGUGUAGAUGAGCCAGGAUGGGUCUUGCAGGAGCCGAGUUCUGAGCUCUGUCUGCACUGGAGCCAGCCACAGCCGGCGGAUGCACUGCUGGGCAGUUUGCUGGGAAAAACCAUACUUCCCGAGGCAUCCUUCCUGAUCACGGCUCGGACCACAGCUCUGCAGAACCUCAUUCCUUCUUUGGAGCAGGCACGUUGGGUAGAGGUCCUGGGGUUCUCUGAGUCCAGCAGGAAGGAAUAUUUCUACAAAUAUUUCACAGAUGAAAGGCAAGCAAUUAGAGCCUUUAGGUUGGUCAAAUCAAACAAAGAGCUCUGGGCCCUGUGUCUCGUGCCCUGGGUGUCCUGGCUGGCCUGCACUUGCCUGAUGCAGCAGAUGAAGCGGAAGGAAAAACUCACACUGACUUCCAAGACCACCACAACCCUCUGUCUGCAUUACCUUUCCCAGGCUCUCCAAGCUCAGCCAUUGGGACCCCAGCUCAGAGACCUCUGCUCUCUGGCUGCUGAGGGCAUCUGGCAAAAAAAGACCCUUUUCAGUCCAGAUGACCUCAGGAAGCAUGGGUUAGAUGGGGCCAUUAUCUCCACCCUCUUGAAGAUGGGUAUUCUUCAAGAGCACCCCAUCCCUCUGAGCUACAGCUUCAUUCACCUCUGUUUCCAGGAGUUCUUUGCAGCAAUGUCCUAUGUCUUGGAGGAUAAGAAGGGGAGAGGUAAACAUUCUAAUUGCAUCAUAGAUUUGGAAAAGAUGCUAGAAGCAUAUGGAAUACAUGGCCUGUUUGGGGCAUCAACCACACGUUUCCUAUUGGGCCUGUUAAGUGAUGAGGGGGAGAGAGAGAUGGAGAACAUCUUUCACUGCCAGCUGUCUCAGGGAAGGAACCUGAUGCAGUGGGUCCCGUCCCUGCAGCUGCUGCUGCAGCCACACUCUCUGGAGUCCCUCCACUGUUUGUACGAGACUCGGAACAAAACGUUCCUGACACAAGUGAUGGCCCAUUUCGAAGAAAUGGGCAUGUGUGUAGAAACAGACAUGGAGCUCUUAGUGUGCACUUUCUGCAUUAAAUUCAGCCGCCACGUGAAGAAGCUUCAACUGAUUGAGGGCAGGCAGCACAGAUCAACAUGGAGCCCCACCAUGGUAGUCCUGUUCAGGUGGGUCCCAGUCACAGAUGCCUAUUGGCAGAUUCUCUUCUCCGUCCUCAAGGUCACCAGAAACCUGAAGGAGCUGGACCUAAGUGGAAACUCGCUGAGCCACUCUGCAGUGAAGAGUCUUUGUAAGACCCUGAGACGCCCUCGCUGCCUCCUGGAGAUCCUGCGGUUGGCUGGCUGUGGCCUCAUAGCUCAGGACUGCAAGGACCUUGCCUUUGGGCUGAGAGCCAACCAGACCCUGACCGAGCUGGACCUGAGCUUCAAUGUGCUCACGGAUGCUGGAGCCAAACACCUUUGCCAGAGACUGAGACAGCCGAGCUGCAAGCUACAGCGACUGCAGCUGGUCAGCUGUGGCCUCACGUCUGACUGCUGCCAGGACCUGGCCUCUGUGCUUAGUGCCAGCCCCAGCCUGAAGGAGCUAGACCUGCAGCAGAACAACCUGGACGACGUUGGCGUGCGACUGCUCUGUGAGGGGCUCAGGCAUCCUGCCUGCAAACUCAUACGCCUGGGGCUGGACCAGACGACUCUGAGUGAUGAGAUGAGGCAGGAGCUGAGGGCCCUGGAGCAGGAGAAGCCUCAGCUGCUCAUCUUCAGCAGACGGAAACCAAGUGUGAUGACCCCUAUUGAGGGCCUGGAUACAGGAGAGAUGAGCACAUCCUCACUCAAGCGGCAGAGACUCGGAUCAGAGAGGGCGGCUUCCCAUGUUGCUCAGGCUAAUCUCAAACUCCUGGACGUGAGCAAGAUCUUCCCAAUUGCUGAGAUUGCAGGCAAGAGCCACGAGGAAAGCUCCCCAGAGGUAGUACCGGUGGAACUCUUGUGCGUGCCUUCUCCUGCCUCUCAGGGGGACCUGCAUACGAAGCCUUUGGGGACUGACGAUGACUUCUGGGGCCCCACGGGGCCUGUGGCUACUGAGGUAGUUGACAAAGAAAAGAACUUGUACCGAGUUCACUUCCCUGUAGCUGGCUCCUACCGCUGGCCCAACACGGGUCUCUGCUUUGUGGUGAGAGAAGCGGUGACCGUUGAGAUUGAAUUAUGUGUGUGGGACCAGUUCCUGGGUGAGAUCAACCCACGGCACAGCUGGAUGGUGGCAGGGCCUCUGCUGGACAUCAAGGCUGAGCCUGGAGCCGUGGAAGCUGUGCACCUCCCUCACUUUGUGGCUCUCCAAGGGGGCCAUGUGGACACAUCCCUGUUCCAAGUGGCCCACUUUAAAGAGGAGGGGAUGCUCCUGGAGAAGCCAGCCAGGGUGGAGCUGCAUCACAUAGUUCUGGAAAACCCCAGCUUCUCCCCCUUGGGAGUCCUCCUGAAAAUGAUCCAUAAUGCCCUGCGCUUCAUUCCCGUCACCUCUGUGGUGUUGCUUUACCACCGCCUCCAUCCUGAGGAAGUCACCUUCCACCUCUACCUGAUCCCAAGUGACUGCUCCAUUCGGAAGGCCAUAGAUGAUCUAGAAAUGAAAUUCCAGUUUGUGCGAAUCCACAAGCCACCCCCGCUGACCCCACUUUAUAUGGGCUGUCGUUACACUGUGUCUGGGUCUGGUUCAGGGAUGCUGGAAAUACUCCCCAAGGAACUGGAGCUCUGCUAUCGAAGCCCUGGAGAAGACCAGCUGUUCUCGGAGUUCUACGUUGGCCACUUGGGAUCAGGGAUCAGGCUGCAAGUGAAAGACAAGAGAGAUGAGACUCUGGUGUGGGAGGCCUUGGUGAAACCAGGAGAUCUCAUGCCUGCAACUACUCUGGUCCCUCCAGCCCGCAUAGCCGUACCUUCACCUCUGGAUGCCCCGCGGUUGCUGCACUUUGUGGACCAGUAUCGAGAGCAGCUGAUAGCCCGAGUGACAUCGGUGGAGGUUGUCUUGGACAAACUGCAUGGACAGGUGCUGAGCCAGGAGCAGUACGAGAGGGUGCUGGCUGAGAACACCAGGCCCAGCCAGAUGCGGAAGCUGUUCAGCUUGAGCCAGUCCUGGGACCGGAAGUGCAAAGAUCGACUCUACCAAGCCCUGAAAGAGACCCAUCCUCACCUCAUUAUGGAACUCUGGGAGAAGGGCAGCAAAAAGGGACUCCUGCCACUCAGCAGCUGAAGUAUGAACACCAGCCCUUGAGUCCUGGCUUUGGCUGACCCUUCUUUGGGUCUCAGUUUCUUUCUCUGCAAACAAGUUGCCAUCUGGUUUGCCUUCCAGCACUAAAGUAAUGGAACUUUGAUGAUGCCUUUGCUGGGCAUUAUGUGUCCAUGCCAGGGAUGCCACAGGGGGCCCCAGUCCAGGUGGCCUAACAGCAUCUCAGGGAAUGUCCAUCUGGAGCUGGCAAGACCCCUGCAGACCUCAUAGAGCCUCAUCUGGUGGCCACAGCAGCCAAGCCUAGAGCCCUCCGGAUCCCAUCCAGGCGCAAAGAGGAAUAGGAGGGACAUGGAACCAUUUGCCUCUGGCUGUGUCACAGGGUGAGCCCCAAAAUUGGGGUUCAGCGUGGGAGGCCACGUGGAUUCUUGGCUUUGUACAGGAAGAUCUACAAGAGCAAGCCAACAGAGACCAGCUCCAGCAGUUGUGGGACCCAGUGCAAAAUGAAAACACAGAGCCCCUCGUUCAAAAAUGAUGAAGAACGUCAAGACGGUGACAACAGAACAUUAAAUCAAGCGCCAGGCCCUGCUGAGCUCAGGGCUCUGUGUGACUGCACAGGUCACACACCCAUGAGACUGGCCUUGUCUUUCGGGUCCUUCGUGUGCCACCCACCCAUCUCCUUUAGCACAUACAGACCUCCACUCUCCACACAACCCCUCCUCCAAGAGGACAGCCAACAGGAAGUAAGAAGAUUUAAAAGACAAGGGGCAGAGAAAAAUGCAGUGGUGUGUUUCCAUUGUAGAAAACCUGGUCGUGGAAUUGCGGAUUGCCCUGCCGCCCUUGAAAAUCAAGAUAUGGGCACUAGAAGAUGUUACACGAAAUAACCAAGUGUAAGGCUAAAGUAGACCCGCCUCUUGGCGAAUGUCCUUUUGCAAAAUGUUUUGUUUGUGGAGAAAUGGGGCACCUGUCUAGAUCUUGUCCUGAUAAUCCCAAAGGACUCUAUGCUGAUGGUGGUGGUUGCCAACUUUGUGGCUCGGUGGAACAUUUAAAGAAAGAUUGCCCUGAAAGUGAGAAUUCAGAUCGAAUGGUCACAGUUGGUCUGUGGGCAAAGGGAAUAAGUGCAGCCUAUGAAGAAAUUUUGGAUGCACCAAAACCACAAAAACCCAAAACAAAAAUAUCUAAAGGAAGGAACACUAGCCAGCCGUGGAACCUCAGGUGCAACAGAGACGCCAGGAGAUGCUAGUGCCCAGCAGCCUGCGGCAGUACCAAUGAAGCCAGAGAGGGCUUGGUGGAUGACAAGGAGGCCUGAGUAGACCGCAGGUGGGUCUGAGAAAUGGGCUCAGGUGAGGCAGGUCUUUGAAGGAUUUGUUCUUAAUCAUAUGCGAGAUGCUCAAAAGGCUGGAUUCCUGCUUUUGUGGGUGAAGAGCAAGAAGAGAAAACAGGUUGUACGCAUACAGAUGCAGACGGAGAGACAGAAAAAAAAGGAAGGAGGCAGAGAAAUGCACCAAUUCUUGAGCUGUAUUAUCUCUGGACCUUGGGAUUGUGGGAGGCUUUAUUUUACUACUGAUUUUGCCUACACUGUUUUCUCAAUUUCUAGUUUUCUACAAAGAUGAUGUGUUAGCUUUUUCACGCAUUAAGAUUAAAAUUUAAAACAGACCACACAAUAAAUAUUUCUUUUAAAA